AUGUGUGCGUACGCUGCGUAUAUACGUUGCGAUCGCACGCGUGUAAUGGUGCGAUGCGUCAAGGACGACGGAGGAACACAUGCCGAGAAAGAUGAAGAAUGUGCACUGAAAGGAAAAAGUCAAGCUUUUCUUCUUUUUUGUCACUCUGUAUCGUUUGAACAGCAUCUCACAAUCAAACAACGUGAUCGUUCAAAACCCAUGGACCCUAUAUACUUUUGUCAUGAAUUCGAUACGUUUUUUCAAAAAGAACAUGAUAUGAGACAGGUAUUGAAGGAAAAAGAUUGA